AGAGCACUUCAUCCGGCACGCAUCCAUAUACGCAUGUAAAGAAGUUGCUUUCCAACGGGCAUUUCUACUUCUCUUCCGACUUUGAUUUAACUAGAAAUCUCCAAGCAAGGGCAGGAGAGCCUCAGGUCGAUAAAUAUCUAUUUCAGGAGGGCUAUUUGUGGAACAAAUUUAUGAUUAACGAGUUGCUAAAUUUCCGGUCGAAGCUUGAUGAAAAUGACAGAAGAGAAAUGGAUCUAUGCUGUUUUCUUAUUCUCGCCAUCCAAGGCUACAUUGGGCGAAAAGAAGUGUCAAUAGGAGAUGAAAAUGUAGCCUUAGCUGUAAUAUCCCGAAUAAACUGCGAACGUGCUGGAUCUCGGCUGGCUACUCGGGGAAUUGAUGAUGACGGAAAUGUUGCAAAUUUUAUUGAGACGGAAACGAUCUUGCAUACGGAAAAGUGGACGUUAUCGUAUAUUCAAAUACGCGGGAGUGUUCCAGUAUUCUGGGAACAACAAGGACUUCAGGUGAUGUUCCACAAAACAAUCAUAUCCAGAGGUCCUGAAGCUACUCAACCGGCAACUCAACGACAUUUCAACAAACUUACACGCUGCUAUGACCAAGUGCAUUGUAUAAACCUCCUUUCCCAGAAAGAAGGUGAAGCCUUGCUUAGUAAGGAAUACAGUAGUCGCGUAAAAGAGUUGGACCAAGCAGAUGGUCAAGUAUCAUAUACGCAUUUUGACUUUUAUGCGAUGUGCAAAAAUGGAAGUAUUGAGAGCGCAUCAUUGCUCAUAAGAGACAUAAGGCAUUAUCUUGACGAAUUUGAAUAUUUCGUAUGGGAUCAAGAAAUAUGUGCGCCGUCUUCGAUACAGAAUGGAGUGUUUAGGACCAAUUGUCUCAGUACAUUGAACGUCACUUGUAUUUUUCUGAUUCUCAGAACUAACACGGGCCUUUCAAACACGUACAGAACAAAUGUAAUCCAAACUUUAAUAUCUCGCACAAUAACACAAACAUAUUUGCGACAGAAACUCAAUGCUAGCCAAUUUGAAACGGAACUCUUACUUGGAUAUCAUGGGGAGCUGUGGGUAGAGAAUGGUGACAGCAUAUCCCAGAUUUCUGCUGGAACGGGAGCAUUGAAAUCUGACAUAACAAAGACUGGCAAACUUACUCUUGCUGGCAUUGUCAAUGACGCAACCAAAAGCGCGACCCGAUUUUACAUUGGUAAUUUCCAUGAUAAGUUUAAGCAGGAAGUUAUUGACAUGUUACUUGUAG